AUGCCGGGAAGAUUGAAUGGUGUUAUCAUUUGUGAUACAGCAACAAAGAAAGCAAAAGCACUGGGAAUUAUUAAGAAGAAAAAUACUUUAUUCGUGGCUGAAGUAAAGGGUCACAUUGAUGAAAAAUACAUUAAUGAUUACAUAAACUUUUUACCGAUAAUAAGAAACUUAGAUAUUAUCACAGAUGAAAAAACAAUUGGCAGUUUUAUGUAUAAUUACAUGAAAUCAAACAAUCUACCAGUUGACCAGAAACAGAGGAAAUUAACUCAGUUAGCAUCAACACACAACCAAUAUCAACCAUUUUCUUCUUAUUAUCUUUGGUAUCUAAUCGACAGAUUUCAUUUUAUCAUUGAUGACAUUCAAUCAAUUUUAACAUUUACUAAAAACACUUGUUUUAAUGAAUUUGCGAACAAAUUUAUGAACGAAAGACAAAAGGCUGAAUUAGAAGGAAAUAAAGGAAAAAGUUUAUUUUGCAAGAUUUCACUUAAUGGAUCAUAUGGUUACGAUGCAAUGAAUACACAAAAUUACGCAAAGACUAAAAUAAUGAAUGCACAGAAGGCACGCGUUGCAUGUAUGUCAAAUAAGUUUAAAAACAUAAGAGAAAUAGGAGAGGAUACAUAUCAAGUGAUGCUCAAAGAUAGAUUUUAUAGAUGUGAUACAUGUUUACAAGAGGCAUUCUUCACUUUAGAUAAUGCUAAAUACUGGUAUUUGGUUUUCAUUUAUGAUUUUAUGUAUAAAUGCAUGGAUGUUAAUCGUUUUCAUUUCAUUGAAGGUGAUACUGAUUCAUCUUAUUGGGCAAUCGCUGGUGAUCCAAAUCUUCCUAACACUCAAGCAUUUCAAGCAAUUGUUACCGAUAAACAAUUUUAUGAUAAAAACAUUUUCAAAUUCGCACCAUUUGAUUUCUUCUGUUUUGAUGAGAAAUUUAAACCUAAAUUAAAGAAUAAAGCUGAAGAAAAAGCACAUGAGAAGAAGUUAUUGGGUUUAGCAAUUGAGAAACAAGGUGAUAACAUGGUUGCUUUAUGUCCUAAGUGUUAUACAUCAUUCAACGGUUCAAUUGAUGGAAGUGAUUUUAAAAAGAUUGCACAAAAAAUGAAAGGAGUUAGUUUACGACAAAAUAAACAAUUAACACCUAAAAAUUAUUUGGAUAUAAUAAAUGAUAAAUUGAUAUUUGAUGGUCAGAAUAUUAAUUUACAACUUAAAAACGG